AUGUCUACUACUACUUCGCUGAACGUGAUUGGCGUGCAGGGGCGACAAAUUACCGUUCCGACCGGUCUCUUCAUUCACAAUGAAUUCCGACCCUCUACCACCGCCCAAACCCUGCUCGUAGAAAACCCCACCACCGGUGAAUCCCUGGGAACAAUCUCGGCCGCCGGGCCCGACGAUAUCGACCGCGCCGUUCAGUCUGCCAAAGCGGGUUUCGCAACUUGGAAGUCUGUUUCAGGUCCCGCAAAAGCCCGCCUUUUACUAAAAUUGGCCGACCUCAUCGAACAGGAUGCUCAAAUUCUAGCUUCUCUGGAGGCUGUCGACGCCGGCACUCUCUACACCGACUCCAUCGGUCUCAACAUCCCCCAGGCCGUGGGCUGUCUGCGAUAUUAUGCCGGCUGGGCGGACAAGAUGGAUGGGAAAUCCCUCGAGAUGGAUGGUGGCAUUGCAGUACACCCACCGCGAACCCAUCGGGGUGUGUGCUGCCAUCGUUCCCUGGAAUGCCCCUCUCUGGCUCCAGCCUUGGCCGCCGGGAACGCUUUGAUUAUCAAGUCCUCGGAACUAUCUCCUCUAUAUGCCCAAAGGCUAGCGGAACUGGUCAAGCAGGCUGGGAUCCCGGCCGGUGUCGUCAACAUUGUCACCGGCGAAGGAGCUACCGCAGGCCAGACCCUGUCAGAACAUAUGGAGGUUCGAAAACUGGCCUUCACGGGUAGCUCGGUCGCCGGUCGGAAGAUCAUGCAAGCCGCCUCGCGGACCAAUUUGAAAAAGGUGAGUUUGGAACUCGGGGGCAAAGGGCCGUCGAUUGUCUUCGACGACUGUGACUUGGAGAAUGCCUUAUUUUGGACCCGAAUCGGUAUCACGGCAAACAACGGCCAGAUUUGUGCGGCCGGGUCCCGCAUCUAUGUCCAGGAAAGAAUUUACGAUCGCUUCAUCGAGGCGUACAAGCAAGCCGCGGCAAACGCGCCGACGGUGGCCGGUAACCCACUCGAAACGUCAACAACAAAGGGUCCUGUGGUCAGCUGCACCCAGCACCAGAAAAUCCUGGAUUAUAUUCGACAGGGGAAACAGUCCGGAGCGAGACUCCUGUUCGGAGGUGAACCAAUUGGAAGCAAGGGAUAUUUCGUUCAAAAUACCGCCUUUGCCGAUGUACCCGACGAUGCUACAAUCAUGCGCGAGGAGAUUUUUGGCCCCGUCGCGAGCAUUGCCAAAUUCUCCACCGAGGAAGAGGUCGUCGCCAAAGCCAAUGACUCCCUCCAUGGCCUGAGUGCCGCGGUCUUCACCAACGACAUCAGCCGAGCUCACCGAGUCACCAAAUCCCUCGAGUCUGGCCAAGUUACUGUCAAUGCGUGGGCGAUGCUCAGCCCGAAUGUCCCCUUUGGUGGAGUCAAAGAAAGUGGUUUCGGAAGAGACAUGGGCGAAGAAGCUCUGGAGGGAUGGACCACCGUCAAAGCUGUCAAAUAUCAUAUUUUGCCCCGGCUGUAA